CAGAGGAGCAGCAGGGCUUAUCAGAAGCACCAGGCAGGGUCCCUUCCAUCUGGGUUUAAGGUUGCUGGAACGGUGGCGCUGGACCGGGACAGGAUCUCUUAUUUGAAAUUAUGUGGCACCAUGGUCGUUCCUGGAUACUGUUUCCAAAUGCCUCAGCUCGGAAACUGUUCCUGAUAGUGUUAAUUAUCUUUGUUUUCUGGGUUGUCUUCAUGGCUUCAAAAGACCACACAGAGUUUACGGUUCACUUAAACAACCCCAUCAUUCUGAGACGAUGGAGCAUCUUCAAGGAGUUCUUGCACUCGGAAGAGCUUAAGAACACACCAGCCUCCGUAGAGGCAGAGCUGGCAGUCACAGCAAUCCUGGAGAAGCUAAACCAGCAGAUCCCACCCAGACCUUUCCACAACCAUAGCAGCACCACCAGCGCCAAACAGAGCACAGCCACCAUUCACAACCCUCAGCGUACCUACUGCGUAGGAGACCAGCUGAAUGUCUUACUGGUGGCCAAGGACUAUUUUGGUAACAGGAAGGAGUAUGGUGGGGAUUUCCUAAGAGCCAGGAUAUUCUCCCCAGCCCUGAAGGCAGGCACUUCUGGAAAGGUGACAGACUUCAACAAUGGCACCUACCUCAUCAGCUUCACUCUAUUCUGGGAGGGCCCGGUCUCGCUGUCUAUCCUGCUCAUGCACCCCAGUGAAGGGGUGUCAGCUCUCUGGAGAGCAAGGAACCAAGGCUAUGACAAAAUUAUCUUCACUGGCCAGUUUCUUAAUGGCACCUCCCCUGUCCUCACUGAAUGCGGCCUCACCUUAAACACAAGUAUGGAGCUGUGUCAAUAUCUGGAUGCUCGAGAUCACGAAGCCUUCUACUGCUUGAAGCUUCCGGGUGUUCCCUGUGAGGCCCUGACCCACAUGACAAGCAAGAACAGUAACAUCUCCUACCUCAGCCUUAAGGAGAAGCUCCUUUUCCAGAGGUUCAACAUAGGAGUUGAAGUGGUAAAGAAUCUGUCCAUCGUGGUCUCCCCGUGUAACAACAAGACCAAGAAGAAGAAGAAGAAGAAAUGCCAGAUUGGAAUGGAGACCCCUUCCCCUGGUGGCUAUACUUUGAAAGGAAGGUGGAUAACAGCACAUUGUGAACAGAAUGAGUUCAGGGAGAUAAGAGAUAUAAAUAAUUGCUUGGCAAGAAAACUGAUUUAUCUCAUGGGUGACUCAACACUGCGCCAGUGGAUUUACUACUUGCCCAAAGUUGUAAAAACCUUAAAAUCUUUUGAUCAUCAUGGAGCCGGGCCCUUUAAAACUCACAUCCUUCUGGAUACUGAACGACAUACUUUGGUUCAGUGGAAAAAACACAGCCAUCCCUUUGUUACUAAGAAGCUGUUCUCCGUGAAAGAUGACAACUAUAUUCCUCGGGAAAUUGACCAGGUGGCAGGAGACAGUGGUACAGCAAUUGUCAUUAGUUUUGGUCAACACUUCAGACCCUUUCCCAUCAACGUUUUCAUCCGUAGGGCCAUCAAUGUCAAAAACGCCAUAGAGAGACUGUUCUUACGAAGCCCCGAGACCAAGGUGAUAAUUAAAACGGAAAACAUCAGAGAAAUAAAUGAACAUGUAGAGAUAUUCAGUGACUUCCAUGGAAACAUUCAGAACCUUAUUAUAAGGGACAUUUUCAGGGACCUUAAUGUGGGUAUCAUCGAUGCCUGGGACAUGACAGUUGCAUAUCGCAGUGAGGACGUCCAUCCGCCUGAAAGCGUGAUUGAAAGUCAGAUUGGCAUGUUCUUAAACUACAUUUGCUAGAGAGUCUUAAGGUGGGGAAAACAUCUCUAGCCUCCUUACCUCUCUUCUCUCUGAUCUCAUAGGUACUUGCAUGCACAACACAAUCUAACACAUGAAAAAGCCAGUAUUGAGAAUUGUAGCUAAAUGUAUAUACCAUAAAACUUGCCGUUCAAAUCACUUUUAAUUCUGCCACUCAGUAGUGCUAACUGAGGUCCUAUGUCACACCACCAUUAUCACAAUCCAUUUUUUGAACAGUUUUAUUCAUCCCAAAUAGAAAUAUCAAACCCAUUAAACUCCCACUCACCACUUCCUCUGAGUCUCAGACCAUGGCAUCUACAGCUAUCCUUUCUGCCUCUAUAAAUGUGACUGUUCUAAACAUCUCAUAUAAGUGAAAUAAUAAAAGUCGCUGAACUCGAGCCUGGCUUGUUUCACUUAGCACAAUCUCUUUAAAGUCCACCCAUGUCAAAUGUAUGAGAAUGGCUUCCUUUUUAAAGAGUGAAUAUAACUUAUUUCUCUGUAUGUACUGUACUUUGCUUUUUGGUUUAUUUGUUGAUGAACAUUUAGUUUGGUUUUGCCUUCUGAGCAUUGUCUAUCAGGGCUGUGGAGAGAGUUACACAUUUAAAGGCUUCUUUCCUCUUCUAAGCUUGAUGUUUAAAUAGUAAAUUAUCAUCAGCCAUCUCUUACUUUUUAAAUAUUAUUUAAUUAUUUAUGUGUAUGUGUGAGUGUCUGUCAAUGAACGUCAGGUGUGUUUGACAGAUGUCUUGCAGAGGCCAGAAGAGGGUUUCAGAUCCUCUGGAGCUGGAAUUAAGGGGUGGUUAUGACUUGCCCAAUGUGGGUUCUAGGAACUGAACUUGGGUCCUCUGGAAGUGUGGCCAUCCCUCCAGCCAGCCAGCGCUCUCCUUACUUUAAAGGCAUGUGCAGUCCAGAGACACAUAGCUUUAAUGAUCUGCUCAGAGAAAAGAUAAUGCUUAGAAGAAAACUUCACAGAACCAUAAUAGCAGUGUUCUUGCUUAGAAAAAUUCCUUAAGAUUUGCUAACCAGUUGUUGCUUGGAUUCCACUGUGAUUCAGUGGCCACAGUCCAAAGUCCACAAACUCACUGUGUAAAAUCAACUUCACAUUAUGAGACUAUACAGACUUUAAGAUUCUGAUUCUAGGUGACCCAAGAAGUAUGAUACAAGAGUCUCUCCAAAAACCUCAGAUAACUUCCUAAGCUCUUUAGAAUCUUUCUCUUGAUAGAAAAUAUAAUUAUUUAUGUCUGAAGAUUUGAUAUAUUUUUAUCAAUAAUAAUUUCCAUGUUUGGAUCAUGUUUUUGAGUGAAAGAAUGUAAAAUUAUAAUGUUAUAACAUUAAUGCAAUGGUCAGGUCGUACAGCUUUAGAUUAGACUCUAAACAACCCAAAAUAAAAAUAUAACAAUUACCGGAGGAUCCAGCAAUACCUCUCCUGGGCAUAU